ACACAACAUGUGUUCGGCAGUUUGUAUAAUCUGUAGAGCUAAAUAUUGACAAAUGGUUGAACUCGUUCGGAAGUGAACAGGACAUGGUCAAACAUAAGUGCAUGGAUAUUCUGCAUGACAAUACAACCUGCGAGUCGUUCCCGAAAACUGUGUGGAAUAACAUUUAGAUGUUGUUGUUCAACAUAUGUGACCUUGAUCUUCGCGUUAGGAUUUUUAGCUAUUACUGGCCAGUGCAAUGGAUCGGAACUUCCGGGUUGCUGUGGUAGGCGCCGGGGCGACCGGACUCUCGACAGCGCUCUGUAUACAGAACCGGAUACGGAACUGUGACGUCACAAUCAUUGCCGACAAAUUUUCUCCCAGCACCACAUCUGACGGGUCCGCAGGUUUAUGGACACCUUUCAUUGUACCGGACAAACAGAAGGAAAUCGUCACUCGGUGGGCCCUGCAGACUUACAGGUAUCUAUGGGACAUGUUUCACUCGGAAGCUGCUUACCAAUAUGGCGUCCAGCUAAUUUCCGGUUUUAACUUUUGCCAAGAGAUGAAGAACGAGCCUCCUUGGAGUAAAAAUGUUGUAGGGUUCAGACGUCUGGGCAAAGAAGAACUGAAAGAUUACCCCGGCAGAGAGUUCGGGGUAUUCUACACAGCUUUCACUAUUGACGUUCCUAGUCUGUUGUCAUCAUUUCUGAGGAAAUUCAGAGAACAGGGAGGGUUUGUAAUUGCCAAAAAAUUAAAAUCUCUGCAAGAGAUUGAUUCUUCUUAUGACGUCAUAGUUAACUGUUCCGGUCUUGGCGCUGCUGAAUUACUCGAUGACGCAACGAUAAAACCAAAACGAGGCCAGGUUAUAAGGGUUAAGGCACCGUGGAUUAAGCAUUUCUACAUAGACAUAGAUAAAAGCGAUGACGUCACGUACAUUUUACCAGGGGUGAAUAGUGUCGUGUUGGGCGGAACCUCUCAGGACGGAAACAACAGCACCGAGGAUAACCAAGCGGACAUUGACGGAAUUAGGGAAAGAUGUUUGAAGUUAAUGCCGAGUUUAAGGGACAGUAAAGUACAGGGUACUUGGGCAGGACUCCGCCCCUAUAGGGAGACGAUACGGUUAGAGAUUGACAAGGUCACGGCGGGGUUAAAAGCAAAGAUUGUCCAUAACUACGGACAUGGUGGGUCUGGUCUGACUCUUUUCUGGGGAUGUGCCGAAGACGCCACAAAUCUAGUACUGGAUCUUCUCAAGUCACGCAAAGCAAGGUUGUAGUUUACCAGUACCAAUUUUAGUGUACUGAUUUACAGUUAAUUAUGAUUAAUGGUAGUGUACUGAUUUACAGUUCAUAACUAAUGUUAGUGUACUGAUUUACAGUUCAUUAUUAUAAAUGUUAGUGUACUGAUUUAUAGUUCAUGAGUACUAAUGUUUGUGUACCGAUUUACAGUUCAUGAGUACCAAUGUUAGUGUACUGAUUUACAGUUCAUUAUUUUUAAUGUUAGUGUACUGAUUUACAGUUCAUUACUAACAAUGUUAGUGUACUGAUUUACAUUUCAUUAGUACUAAGGUUUGUGUACUGAUUUACAGUUCAUGAGUACCAAUGUUAGUGUACUCAUUUACACUUCAUUAAUAUUAAUGUUAAUGUACUGAUUUACUGUUCAUUAGUACCAAUGUUAGUGUACUGUUUUACAGUUCAUUCAUACUAAUGUUAGUGUGCUGAUUUACAGUUUAUUAUUAUUGAUGUUAGUGUACUGAUUUACAGUUCAUUAUUAUUAUUGUUAAUAUACUGAUUUACAUUUCAUUAUCAUCAAUGUUAGUGUACUUAUUUACAGUUCAUUACUAACAAUAUUAGUGUACUGAUUUAUAUUCAUUAUCAUUAAUAUUAGUGUACUGAUUUAUAAUUCAUUAUCAUUAAUAUUAGUGUACUGAUUUAAAUCAUCAAUGUUAGUGUACUGAUUUACAGUUCAUUACUAACAAUGUAAGUGUACUGAUUUAUAAUUCAUUAUCAUUAAUAUUAGUGUACUGAUUUAUAAUUCAUUAUCAUUAAUAUUAGUGUACUGAUUUACAGUUUAUCAUUAUCAAUGUUAGUGUACUGAUUUACAGUUCGUUAUUAUUAAUGUUGGUGUACUGAUUUACAUUUUAUUAUCAUCAAUGUUAGUGUACUGAUUUACAGUUCAUUACUAACAAUGUUAGAGUACUGAUUUACAGUUCAUGAGUACUUAUGUAAGUGUACUUAUUUAUAGUUCAUUAGUACCAAUAUUAGUGUACUGAUUUACAGUUCAUUAUGUUCAAUGUUAGUGUACUGAUUUACAGUUCAUUAGUUCCAAUGUUAGUGUACUGAUUUACAUUUUAUUACAUGUAGUACCAAUUUUAGUGUACUGAUUGUCUGAUUUACAGUUCACUAUCAUUAAUGUUAGUGUACUGAUUUACAGUUCAUUAGUACUAAUGUUAGUGUACUGAUUUACAGUUCAUUUAUAGUACCAAUUUUAGUGUACUGAUUUACAGUUCAUUAUUAUCACUUUUAGUGUACUGAUUUACAUUUCAUUAGUACCAAUUUUAGUGUACUGAUUUACAUUUCAUUAGUAGCAAUGUUAGUGCACUAAUUUACAAUUAUUAUGGGAGAUAGAAUAACUGCUGCAUAUUUGUUAAAUACAAAUGUGUGUGUUAGUAUUAUUUUGAAAGACCGACACAGAAUGUUAUGUUUGAUAUAAGUCAGAUUUUUACUUGUUUAUGCAUUAUUACUGAUUGUUAUACAUCAUGUCAUCAUGCAAUUUGUUAAGUUGUAUUUACUAGUUAUAUUUAUAUGAUAAAUAAAGAUAUUUAUAUUGAA